GCAAACAGGAUUUGACGUAAGAGCACUUGUCACUUCCAUACAUGGAGGGAUGUAGGCCAAAUUUAUUGUGAUAAGUAUUUCGAGUCUUAACAAAAUUGGGUCGUCUGCUACACCAUUCAAGCGUACAGGUGUGAAUAUUCCAACCUGUAAUUACUCCACAUCAGAAUAGGCCAUGUCAUAUCGUGGAAUAGAAAGGGAUUUUUCCCAGAUGCAUGUGUCUGAACACCAUGGACAGAAAUUUCCGCCAACAGUAGCUCCAAAACCUAAAGUGUUUAAUGCAGCACCAGCUCCAUACAGACCAGGUGAUGGUUAUAAGAAAGUCAAGUUUGGUGCCACUGAAGAUUAUCCGCUUCCUCCUCCUCCUGAACAAUUUCAUGGUUACUCUUACCAAGACCAUCAGGAUUUCCCUCCCCCACCCCCUCCUCCCCCACCGGCAACAUCCCAUGGUUAUGAGCAGGUGCGUGCAAAGACAGCUUACAUCGUCAAUUCAGAUUAUGACCGAUCUAACUAUAGUCCCAGUCAACCUUCCUUCAGUAGAGAUGGUAGAAAUUCACCUUACACACCCAAUCAAUCCAGUAAUUAUAUGAACAUUAACAUGGCUUCCAAUCGGGCUGGACGACCACGAUCUGGGGAAUUUAGACAAGAACGUCCACUGCCCGGUCCUCCCAUACCUAUCAUCACAACAACUGCUCCAGAAUCGCCCAAAGAAGAAAAAGAAGCUGAAGUGGAUGCUUUGACCAAUCUUUUAAUGCAGAGUAUUGAGUCAUCAGCCGAGCCCGAUUUUUAUGGUGUAUGUGGUAAAUGUAAUAUGAAUGUAUUAGGUGAAUCUAAUGGAUGUACAGCUAUGGAUCAGAUUUAUCAUAUUGGAUGUUUUGUAUGUGUUAGUUGUGGCUGUGGUUUACAGGGAAAAUCAUUCUUCCAAAUGGAAAAUAAACCAUAUUGUGAAUCAUGCUAUAUGAAUACUCUUGAGAAAUGUUCUGUUUGUUCUAAAGCUAUUACAGAUAGGUUGUUACGAGCUACUGGUAGACCUUAUCACCCAGCUUGUUUUACUUGUGUGGUGUGUGGUAUAAGUUUAGAUGGUAUACCAUUUACAGUUGAUGCUACCAAUCAAAUACACUGUAUUAAAGAUUUUCAUAAUAAAUUUGCACCACGAUGUUGUUCAUGUAAUGAACCUAUUAUGCCCGAGGCUGGUCAAGAUGAAACUGUUAGAAUUGUAGCCAUGGAUAAAAGUUUUCACGUUUCAUGUUAUAGAUGUGAAGAUUGUGGAAUGCAAUUAUCAUCAGAGGCAGAAGGUAGAGGGUGUUAUCCGUUAGAUGAUCAUAUUUUAUGUAAAAACUGUAAUGCCAAAAGAAUACAAGCCAUGAGUAGCAAGAUGGCUACAGAACUGUAAAGUGAGAUACAACAUUACACAAAUACCUGUAGAAUGAGAAAACAAAGCAUUUGAUUAAUCAAAAAUUGAUAAAUAUAUAUGUGCUUAGAUUUGUACUUUUGGAUCUGAGUAACUGUAGAAUUGUACUAUUUACAAAGUAUGUUCAUGGUUGUAGCAGUAAUAUAUAUGGCUAUAAUGUAUUGCUUAUGCUAAUGUAAGUUUUUAAUAUUUGUAUCAAAAUAUUCUUUAUACACCCUACUCAGAAGUUUUAAAUUCUCACUAGAAAUUUAUUUUAGCAGUGUUUUGUUAACAAUCUAGGUAUAACAUUUAAUUCAUUUUUGUAUCAAAAUUUAUAUUUUGUAUAUUGUAUUCAUUGACUUGUAGAUUUAUUUUUAUAUUUUAUGUAGUUUUUUGACAAUUUCCUCCAAAAUAUCACAAUUUUAUUUUACCCAAUAGUAUUUUAUUUGCAGCACAAUAAAAUAAAUUCACUGACUGCAAUGUCAAAGCACUAUUUGUUUUAUUAGAUAACUUGUGGACAAGAAAGAAUGUGAAAUUAUAUAUAUUGUGUAAAAGACAUAGCAUAAGUUAAACCUAUUAUACCAUAAUACAUGGUUUACAAGGUUGUUAAAUAUUUUAUGCAUAUUCAUUAAUAAAGAUAGAUUUAUUGUUUAAGGCUGUGUUGAAUUGAUUCCUUGUUUCUCCUACCACUAUUGCAAUCAUGUGUGGUAGUGCUUUAAACACAACACAAAAUGGGUUUCAAAACACAAAAUGGUCUAGCAAAAUAUCUAUAGUCUGAGGGUUGUGUACCUUUUUUUAAUAUUAUAAAUAAUCUACUUAUAUUAUUGGUUAGAAGAAUAAAAACACAGAUAAUAUUUAAAUGAAUAAAUUUAAUAACAAACUAAAAUUUUGUAACAAGUGGCUUCUUGUUUAACUUUUUAAAAUAUGAAAUAACCAUAUUUUGAUAGAAAUUUUUUGUAUUCUUGUGUUACAAUACAAUGAAAACAUUUCAGUUAGACGAAAUUUGAUUCGCUUGCUGAGUUAUACAUAGUUUCGACAAUAUCAUCGAACGUGAAAGUGCUGGGAAUACCCACAGAGUGCAGUCGAGAUAGGUAAAUUCGCUUACUGGUAAUUUAUUGAUCUUCAAGGAAAUAAUAGUGGUCCCGUUCGUUCGUUUAUGGAGUUUAACGAACAAACGAAUGAAUGGGAGCACUAUUAUUUACUUGAAGAUUAAUAAAUUACUGGUACACAAAUUUAAUAAAUUACUGGUACACGAAUUUACCUAUGUCCCUGCAUUGCCAGCCAUUUUGUAAGGCGUGUGUAAUUUAGUACACAAGAUAUGAGUGGACAAUACAUGAAUAAUAAUGUGUUAUAAUUUUAGCCAAUGAACAUAUUGAUUAUUCAGGUUCACGGUUGAAUAUUAGCGACUGUCUUACAGUUUAUAAUAUGCUUUCCCAUUAGCCGAAAUGACCGCUACACGCGUCAUUUUGCAGAAUUCAUCGAAUCAAAUAACAGUGUAACUUUUUCCAGGGUAUGCGGGCCCCUACAUGUGUAUUAUCAACAUCUUUAGUUCGUAACGAGGGAUAAACAACGAGAAUUGACUUCUCAUGUUUGGUAGAAUUUUAUUUAGAUGUUAUUAAUGUAAUUUUUUGAAUAUUUUUUUUGUGUUAAAAUGGUAAGUGCACGGGCGAGGAGAAACAAGGAAUCAAUUCAACACGGCCUAAUAUAGGAAAGUUAUACAUUAAAUUAAGUCCCACACACAGAUAUAUAUAUAUAUAUAUAUAUAUAUAUAUAUAUAUAUAUAUAUUAAACCUGUAGAUGUUGAUCUAUUAAACUAUACACUCUCAUAUUUGUUGAUAAUAAAACUAUAUAAUAGACAGGUGGUUAAUAAAACUUACUUAGAACAGUAGAUACAAUAACCUUGGAAUUGAAUUUUUAUAAUUUAAGUAAAUUUUCUUAACCUCCAUAAAUCAUAUUUAUAAAAGUGCAAUUACCAGUAAAAAUGUAUAUUUUGAAAAACCUAUUUAAUAUAUGUAUUUAAUUUACUAACCAAGAAUGUUAAAUCCAUAUGUAUUAUGUAGUAUUUUAAUUUUGGAGAAAUAGAGAUUCUCCUACCAGUCUUUUUUGAUAUCAGAAAAGACGAGUAGGAGAUUUUAUUUUUAUCUGUAGUGCUCAGUGAAAUAUAUAGUUGUUUCUAUAUUUGUAAUAUUUAAUAUCCAACAAUCAUGAAACAUAGCUCAUGAAAAAGAUAACUAUUUGUUACAUUAUUAACCCAAUGAAGGCAAUUCUGACCAAUGUGAGAUUGAAGAUUAGAUCGGAAUCUAAGAGUUCCAUCACUUUUGAAAUAAGUUGGAACAUACUUCUAAGAAUGUUUGCUGAAUUGUGAUACAAAUAAUUUGAUUAAUCGGUGCUGACAUCGAAACAAGAGUUACGAUAGUGUGUUGUAUUGUUACUUAUUAACUUUCACUGACAAACUAUAUUUUAAUUAUUAUCUGGUAGAAUGCUCUACACAGUGUGCUGUAAUUAUUGUAUUCUUGUAUUACAUCAAUACUUUUUUUUUCUAUUGUCAGUUUUAAAGAAUUAUUACACAACAGAGUACAUGGUUUUUCUGCUUUUAGUUUCUUUUCACUUUUAGACAAAUUCUUUUAUUUAUUGAUUUUUAAUCAAAUUAUUUCCAAAUAAAAUGUUUUGUUACUUUUUUUUAUUACUUGACCUGGGGGUUAAUGUAAAUUAUUGAUUAAUCACUUUUUUUUAUUUUUGUGGAGCAAUGAUGUUAAGUAGUUUCCAGACCACUUACUUUAUUAUGAUUGAAUAUUAUAUUCAGUUUUAAUGAUUCCACCCAAUUUUGAGCAAUUUAUUUAAAAUUGUAUGGGUUUUUUUUUUUCAUUUUGUCUUUAUUCUGAUUUUCUACACUGAAUCGGGUCGAACAUGUAAUCUAAGUUGGGAAUGUUCAGAUGGCAGACAUCGACUGCAUUAUUGCAUGAGACUUCAGUGAGUUUAUCAGUACAUCAUUGCAAAAUGUCAUGGGAGUUUGAAAAAACCUGAAUAGAAAAAAAAUUUUUUUGUUAGGUUUAGAGUCUAGAAUAUACAGAAGUAAUAUGUAAUUAAAUAAGCAUUACGUAAGAUUUAGAUAAAAAGCUAGCCAUUAUU